CGCUUCCAGCGCGCCGCCAGAUUUGAAGCUCUGCGCAAGACAGGGAGUGGAUAUUACAUGUUGGAUAAUGAAUUCUGCGCAACAAGUCCUGCACAAUCGUCUCUGCACAAGACUGUACUCGUAGCGUAGCCUGCGCAUAGGAGUCCUACAGCCCUGCGCAACAGUCUCUGUCUUGCCCAAGACAUUUCUUACGCUCGAUAUUUGAAAAUGCGGAUAGGAUACUUAAUCCCGCGCAACGGUCCCUGCGCAAUACCACUCGCGCAACCUAUCCUGCAAAGGGGCUACCGGACUUGGUACAAGUUGCGGGCAGGCGCAACUGGCGAUUGUAUCCUCCCUUUAAAAUGCCUGGAAUGGGAGUAUUAUUUUCCUCAGUAUCCCGUUCUUCCUGUUGGGCACUGCAAUAUCCCCACAUUCGAGCAGACCUUCCAGACGGCGGCGACAAUCGGGCAACCAAUAUCAACCGUUCUUACAUACAACCCGGAUCUAUCGCUCUUCGAGUGGUUUGGUAAGGAUGACGGCCAUCCUGCAAUCGGCAGGCAUAGAAACACCCCGAACCUCCUUUUUCGAGGAACACACCCUUGCCAGUUCGAUAGGCUCCUGACUCUAAGCGCCAACAGUCGCAGAAUGAAAACCGUUCUGGGCAGCAUCUUUUAUGAGUCCGGCGUGCCAGCCAACGCCUGCGGAAGCGAGGGCCUUCACGUCUUAGCUCACAUGUUCUUUAAUCGAAGCCCUCAUAUCUCAGACUUUCUACGGAACACCUCCUGCCUCCUUGGUUUUAACAGAAUUAACCUUCAUAAGGCGGCCUGGACCGGUACCCUCAUAUCCUUCAUUCAGGAGCCAUGCCGCCUAAUGUUUUUGACCCAAGAACCGCCCCGAGAAUUCCCUCCAAUGUAUCCAUAUCCUCCUUUGGGAGACACCAAGAUCAGGGACACCGGCCUUGGCGUUCAACUUCAUGCGCGUUGUCAAGGCAAUCAUGGUCUCCAGUUCUUAUCACUCACGUGGAAUUGCGUUGGGGGCAGGAAGGACAUAGAAACAACAGGACCCGUAUCUGUAGUGUCCAGGGACUAUAUUGUUCGCACACCGCAGCACGAGUUUAUGGCCGUUGAAGUGGGCUAUAAGUGGCUAGACCGAGAGAGGGAUCUUUCCGCGGAUAGUUUCACUGUUACAGAGCGACACAUUUAUUGUUACGAAUGGAUUAACACUUUCGAUUCGGACGACGAGAGUGUCCAUCCGUCUAAACAUUGA